UCUGAGAACAUGCUGCCACAAACAGCCCUUUUGCUGCUAAUGUCCUGGAACCUGGUUCAUGGAGGAUUUUAUGCUGAGCGAUACCAAACACCUACAGGCAUAAAAGGCCCCCCACCCAACCCCAAGACACACUUCUUCAUUCCCUACGCCAUAAAGAGUAAAGGUCUGUCAGUAACAGGAGAGCAAGGUAUUCCUGGUCCACCAGGCCCCGCUGGACCUCGAGGGCACCCAGGUCCAUCUGGACCUCCAGGAAAACCAGGCCGUGGAAGUCCCGGACCCCAAGGAGAGCCAGGGUUGCCUGGACCACCGGGACCAUCGGCCACUGGGAAGCCGGGUCCGCCAGGACUCCCAGGAAAACCAGGGGAGAAAGGGCCAUCUGGACCAAAAGGAGCUAUCGGGCCAGCUGGUUUACCAGGACCCCGGGGCCCACCAGGGCCACCCGGAAUCCCCGGCCCAGCCGGAAUUACUGUUACGGGAAAGCCCGGACAACAAGGGCCUACAGGAGCUCCAGGACCCAGGGGCUUUCCUGGAGAGAAGGGUGCACCGGGAGUCCCUGGUGUGCAUGGACAGAAAGGCGAAGCAGGGUAUGGUGCUCCUGGACGCCCGGGUGAGAGGGGGCUUCCUGGCCCUCAGGGUCCCACGGGACCACCUGGCCCGCCUGGAGUGGGAAGAAGAGGUGAAAAUGGGUUUCCGGGACAGCCAGGCAUCAAAGGCGAUCGGGGCUUUCCAGGAGAGAGGGGACCAGCUGGCCUGCCAGGCCCCCAAGGUCCUCCUGGGGAACGAGGACCGGAAGGCCCUGGAAAGCCAGGGGCCACGGGAGCCCCAGGCCAGCCAGGGACUCCUGGGACCAAAGGUCACCCCGGGGCUCCAGGAAGAGCUGGGCCCCCAGGCGCUCCCGGCUUUGGGGAGGCGGGGCUGCCUGGCCUGAGAGGGCAAAGAGGGCCUGCUGGCCUUCCGGGAAGUCCAGGUGCUAAAGGGGAGCAAGGCCCAGCAGGUCAUCCCGGGGAACCAGGUCUGACUGGAUCCCCCGGAACUAUGGGGCCCCAAGGACCAAAGGGCGUGGCAGGCAGCCCAGGGGUUCCAGGCCCCAAAGGUGAGACAGGGCCAGUGGGGCCUGCAGGACACUCUGGGGCCAAGGGAGAAAGGGGUUUGCCCGGGCUGGAGGGAAAACCAGGGUACCCAGGAGAACCAGGCAGCAGUGGUCCUAAGGGAGACCCAGGGUCACCAGGCCCCAAAGGGGACGCCGGAGCUCGAGGACCUCCUGGUCUCCCAGGCCCCAUGGGCCCAGCGGGAGCAAAGGGAACGCCUGCACACAGGGGUGAGACCGGUCCCAGAGGUGCCCCCGGAACGCCAGGAACCAGAGGCCCCACUGGGCCGCCGGGCGCUCCGGGAUUCCCGGGAGCUAGGGGCGACCCAGGAACCCCAGGUCCUCCUGGCCCAGCGGGCGCAGCAAUGAAGGGGCCCAACGGUCCCACGGGGCCACCAGGGCCUCCGGGUCCAAGAGGCCACACUGGAGAGCCCGGCCCCCCUGGGCCCCCAGGCCCCCCAGGCCAAGCAGUCCUGUCUGAGGGCUUUAUAAAGGCAGGCCAGAGGCCUUUUGUUAGUGCCAACCAGGGAGUCACAGGAAUGCCUAUGUCUGCUUUCACUGUGAUUCUCUCCAAAGCUUACCCAGCUGUAGGCAUUCCCAUCCCAUUUGAUAAGAUUUUGUAUAACAGGCAACAGCACUAUGACCCAAGAACUGGAAUCUUUACCUGCAGGAUACCAGGAACGUACUAUUUCUCCUACCACGUGCAUGUGAAAGGGACCCAUGUUUGGGUGGGCCUGUAUAAGAACGGCACCCCUGUAAUGUACACCUAUGAUGAAUACACCAAAGGCUACCUGGAUCAGGCUUCGGGCAGCGCCAUACUCGAUCUCACGGAGAACGACCAGCUGUGGCUCCAGCUGCCCAACGCUGGAUCGAAUGGGCUGUACUCCUCUGAGUACGUCCACUCCUCUUUCUCAGGGUUCUUGGUGGCACCAGUGUGA